UCCUCUAAACUUACAAAAAUGAUCAUAAUUCAAUUAACCACUUGUACAACCGACUUCAAGGCUCGAGGUUUGAUUCUUUCAUCCUACGUUGCUACAUUACAUCCGUAUAGCUUAAAGUUAACCCGACACAUAAUUGAACUGGGAUCGGAGAGAUCCAAAAGUCACACAAACUUCAAGUUCAAAAGAUUGAAAAAGGAUGGGAUGUAAUUUUGUGGUGUAGAGAAGUGGUGAGAGACAUGGCAUGGCAUGAGGCGCAGCAGCAAAUAGGUGAUUUGAACUUUGAAGUGAUGAAUGGAAAGAUGGAGACAAGCUUUCCCACACUUCACAUGCCUUAAUUACUAUUUUAUCUUUUUAUCAAACACCUCAAGUGCACGUCCCACUAUCAUCAUCAAAUUCCCUCUGUCUCUAUCUCAUUCUCUCUCUCUCCCUAAACUAACUUCUAUAAAUUAACACCCCAACCGAACUCAGAGAUCACAACCACAAGCAGAUAAAAACAGAUCACAGAGAAAUAUAGAUAUGGAGAAUCGUUCUUACGAACCUGAAAAAACCGCCAAAGACGUCUCACUGCAAGAACUCAGAGACAGACUCGCAGAGUUCGCUCGAGUUCGAGGAUGGGAGCAGUACCACAGCCCUAGAAACCUGCUUCUAGCACUUGUUGGUGAAGUCGGAGAGCUAUCGGAGAUAUUCCAGUGGAAAGGAGAAGUGGAGAGAGGGCUACCGAACUGGAGCGCGGCGGAGAGAGAGCAUUUGGAAGAAGAAGUAUCGGAUGUGUUGCUCUAUCUAGUGCGUCUCGCCGAUGUGUGUGGCCUUGAUCUCGGCCAUGCCGCUCUCUCCAAGCUCGUCAAAAAUGCCAACAAGUAUCCUGUCGCCGCUUUCACUCGCGCUCUCCCAUGAACUUUGCGCCCUUCUCUUCUCGUUUUGUUAGAACAAUGAUUGAGUGCACCCAAUCCACCGCCCAAGUUUUUUCCACUUUUAGAAUUUUUUUCUCCCUAUAGUAAUACUCAUAAGGACUUUGUAAUAUUCUCGUUUUUACAUUUCUAUUUAUAAACAAUUCUCCUUAAUACUUAUUUGAUCUCAACUUUGUUUAA